CACAGUCGUUUUGAAGUUAUGGCAAUGAGUAAUGAUCAUGGAGAUGACGACAAAGGGAAGAGUGUGAAAACUGAAGUAAAACCUCCAGAAGAUGAUAACACAAUACUACCUAUAGACAGAGGAUGGGCUUGGGCGAUACUCGGAGGGUGUUUCCUGAAUGCUCUGCUGACGGGUGGAUACAACCGAUCCAUGGCGCUGUUCUUUGUGGAAUACCUUGAGAUGUUUGGUGCAUCUACCACGGAGACAACCCUUGUCCUUGGGGUGAAAGCGAUGACCAUCAGCCUAAUGUCACCGAUUGCUAUGAACGUUGUGCUGGAGUUCCUCGGGACGAGGAAGACAGUCUUGUUGGGCGGACUCCUCAAUGUGUUGGGUAUUCUCGCAGCCACCUUUGCGCCGAACAUACUGGUCCUUAUAUGUGUUCACAGUGUUCUUACAGGCAAUGCCAACAAUAUCACCCAUACCACAUUCAUACAUACGCAUGUCGACAGUGACACUUUCCAUUCUUUUGUUUUAGGAAUGGGCAAUUCAAUGGCACACGCGCCUGGUAUUGUGCUGAUUGGAAAAUACUUCAAGAAAAGACGAGGCCUGGCUACAACAGCUGCGGGUUCAGCGAUGAGUGUAGCAGGUGUAUUCCCAAUACUUACUCAAUAUCUGCUGGACGAAUAUGGGAUACGAGGAACAAUGCUUAUAUACACUGGUCUAACUAUGAAUAUAUUUGUAGGGGCAUCCCUAUAUCGACCUAUUCACUUCUAUGAAAGAAGAGUGAAACCCGAUCGCAUGCAGGAAGAUACAGUGGACAGUGGUGGUGUUGAAGUGAGAGCGGUCAUCAGGGAUGAAGAUGCUACUGGAGCACACCAUGGCGGAGAGGACAUUCACGGUGGAAGUACCAGGAGUUGUAACGUUGUUGUUAAUGAUACCUGCAAUGGAUUCCUGGAUCCCCAAAUCGACGACGAUUCCUUCAGGAAAAGAGCACACUCUGAAGGUUCUAAAAGAAUCAUAAAGCAGUCUGUUUCCGAAUUUGAAAAACUGGUAUACACAAGUAACCCAGACCUCGUGAGUCUCCCAAUAAUCACACCCAAACAGUUGGAUGCAGCUGAAAGGGACAUACGUGUCGAUGAUCGAAAUCACAGAAAAUCCGCAAUCGCUAGAAAUAUUCGGAAGGUUUUCAAAGCAUUUGACUUUUCUUUAUUUAAGAAUCCAAUGUUUCUUCUCAUUGUGGCAUUUUGUUUGUUCGGUGUUGUUGUGAGACACAUUGUAACCUACCUCCCGGCACAGAUGAAGGAAAUGGGACUCAGUCAGUCUGAUGCAGCGUUUCUGCUGCUUAUCUCUGGAAUUCUGGACUUCUUUUGUCGACUGUUUUAUGGUUUUGUAGCUGAUCUUGGAUAUCUUCGUGUCUCUCGAAUCAUGGCUUUUGGCCUUUUGAUCGUAGGAGUGGCAUCACAGUUUAUAAUGUUUUACACCACAUAUCCUCUUCUUGUAGCCUACUGUGUAGUGGUUGGCGUCUUCGGAUGUGCCGUCCCGUGCCUUUUUCCAUUGCUAAUAGUGGAUUUUAUGGGAAUCGACUGUAUGGCAAAGACUAUAGGAUUUACAGUGUUAUUCCAAGGAUUUUCAGCUGCACUGACACAUCCAAUUUUAGGUGCAUUACGUGACUUGAGCGGAUCCUAUAUACCCUGUUUCCAGUACCUUGGUGUGUCAUCCUUCUUUUCCGCAGCACUGCUGCUAUGUGAGCCUCUUGUACGACGUUAUGCAGCAAAACACCCACAAGCAUCACCAUCAAAGGAUGAGGAAUGUCUUGAACCACUGAAAGAGGCAAAUGAAGUGAAGUGAAUGCAAUAUUUUUAACGGAAGUGUACAUGCUAUCUUGAGCUCAUGGGUUAAAAAAAAUCAGCAAUUCGGGUCCUUCGCUCGAAAAGUUAAGUCUUGAUAUUUGAAGCAGCUUGACAGUAUUUACGAAUCACCUAUAAGACUUCGGGCCUUGUCCCAAGUCAAGCUUUUGAAAGGACUAUUUAAACGGAAACAGACACUCUAAAUGCAACAUCAACAGGGUAAGGGUAAAAUGUCUAAGCAUCAAUGGUAAAUUAAAUCCUUGCAGUUUUGUUUCAUGUCAA